AUGAGCGCCCGCGGUGGCCUGCGCGCAAGCGGCGUGGCGGCGAGCGCGCGAGGCGGAGAGCGCGACGAGCACCCGCGGCGGCACGCGCUCGUUGCUGCUCUUCCUCCUCGCCGUGGCCACAAGCUCAUCUCGCUUGACUCCGACGACGAUGCUUUCGAUGGUGACUCCGACGAAGAGGAGGUGGCGGUGCAGGAGUGGGCCCUGAAGCGCGAGCUCAUCGAUGAAUACAGCCCCUGUGUCGCCUCCCCGCACGCAUGUGCACGCAGCUCGCCGCACAGCGCCGGCGAGCUCUGGCUGAGCGCCUGA